UCCCCGCAGUGGCACCGUCACCGCUCGACACUGUGAUGAUUACCAGCAACAUGGCGGAAAAUGAAUCCGUGGAGUGUAUAACCGAGCACGAACGUAUUUUGCAAGAAAUUGAGAGCACCGACACCGCUUGUGUCGGUCCGACACUUCGAUCUGUGUACGAUGACCAGCCUCAUGCCCACAAGAGGUUUAUGGAGAAGCUUGAGGUCAGGAUCCGUAACCACGACAGAGAGAUCGAGAAGAUGUGUAACUUCCACCACCAGGGGUUUGUGGACGCCAUCACCGAGCUGCUCAAAGUCCGCGCCGACGCGGAGAAACUCAUGGGCCAGGUUACCGACACCAACAGAAGACUGCAAGACGCCGGCAGAGAGGUCACAGCCCAAACAGAAGAGGUGAUUCGCUGUCGGAUACAGCAGAGGAACAUGGCUACCACUGUGGAGAGACUACAGCUGUGUUUACCUGUCCUAGGAAUGUAUAGUAAAUUGAAGGAGCAGCUUGAAUCCAAAAGAUACUAUGCAGCGUUGAAGACCAUGGAGCAGCUGGAGAAGGUGUACAUCCCGCGGGUCAGCCGCUACCGCUUCUGUCAGAUCAUGGCGGAGAACCUGCCCAAGCUCAGAGAGGACAUUAAGGAUAUCUCCAUGUCCGACCUCAAGGACUUCCUGGAGAGCAUCAGGAAACACUCGGACAAGAUCGGAGAGACCGCCAUGAAACAGGCUCAGCAGCACAGGACGUUUAACAGUUCGGUUCAGAAGCGCGACAGUAGUGUGGGCGACACCAAGCCAGUCUACUCCCUGAACGGCCGGACGCCAACGCAGCACAACGGCCUCGCCGCGGAGGAGGGAGGGGAGGAGGACCAAUCAGAGGAGGAGGUGUUAACAGCCCAGGACCUGGUGGACUUCUCUCCUGUGUACAGAUGUCUCCACAUCUACACCGUUCUGGGUGACAGAGAGACAUUUGAGAACUACUACAGGAAGCAGAGGAAAAAACAGGCCAGACUGGUGCUGCAGCCCCAGUCUAACAUGCAGGAGACCGUGGAGGGCUACCGGCGGUACUUGAAUCAGAUCGUAGGCUUCUUCCUGGUGGAGGAUCACGUUCUGCAUUCCACACAGGGCCUGUUGACCAGAGCCUUUUCUGAUGAGCUGUGGAACAUGGCCCUGUCUAAGAUCACUGCCGUGCUGCGCACACACUCUUCGUACUGCAGUGAUCCUGACCUGGUGCUGGAGCUGAAGAACCUCAUUGUCAUAUUUGCAGACACAUUACAGGGUUAUGGCUACCCAGUGAACAGACUGUUUGACCUGCUGUUUGAGAUCAGAGACCAGUACAAUGAAACGCUGCUGAAGAAAUGGGCUCUGGUGUUCAGGGAGAUCUUUGAACUGGACAACUACAGCCCUAUCCCUGUAGAGACUGAGGAAGAGUACAAGUCUGUGGUUAAUAGAUUCCCCUUCCACGACGCAGAGAUUGAAAAGCAAGCCUUUCCAAAGAAGCUGCCGAUGUCUCAGUCGGUGCCUCAGAUCUACGUUCAGGUCAAGGAGUUUAUCUAUGCCAGCCUGAAGUUCUCCGAGUCACUGCAUCGCAGCUGGACAGAGAUCGAUGACAUGCUUCGUAAAUCCACCAACCUGUUGUUGACGAGGACACUGAGUGGCUGUCUACAGAACCUCAUCAAGAAACCCCAUAUAGGACUAACUGAGUUAGUCCAGAUCAUCAUCAACACAACCCAUCUGGAGCAGGCCUGUAAAUACCUGGAGGACUUCAUCACCAACAUCACCAACGUCUCACCUGAGACCGUACACACCACGCGCCUCUACGGCCUUUCCACCUUUAAGGAUGCACGUCAUGCAGCGGAGGGAGAGAUCUACACCAAACUCAACCAGAAGAUAGAUGAGUUUAUCCAGCUGGCAGACUAUGAUUGGGGCAUGCCGGAGUCAGACGGCCAGGCCAGUGGAUACCUUAUGGACCUCAUCAACUUCCUCCGCAGCACCUUCCAGGUUUUCACACACCUGCCGAAUAACUGCAAUGACCAUGCUGCUAUGUCGGGUAAAGUGGCCCAGACAGCCUGUAUGUCAGCGUGUAAGCACCUGUCCACGUCCCUGAUGCAGAUGCUGUUGGACAGCGAGCUGAAACAGAUCAGUAUGGGAGCCGUUCAGCAGUUCAACCUGGACGUCAUACAGUGUGAAUUGUUUGCCAGCUCAGAGCCUGUGCCAGGAUUCCAGGGAGACACUUUACAGCUGGCAUUCAUCGACCUCCGACAGCUGCUGGACCUGUUCAUGGUGUGGGACUGGUCUACGUACCUGGCUGACUACGGACAGCCCACCUCCAAGUACCUCCGGGUCAACCCCUCUACUGCACUAGCACUUUUGGAAAAAGUCUACAGGGGAAUGAAGGACACCAGUAAGAAGAACAACAUAUUUUCUCAGUUCAGGAAGAAUGACCGAGACAAACAGAAGCUGAUUGAGACAGUGGUGAAACAGCUGAGGAGCCUGGUCAAUGGAAUGUCUCAACACUCCUAGAACAGAGAUGGACAGACAGACAGACACACACACACACACACACACACACACACACAGAUGGACAGACAGACACACACACACACACACAGAUGGACAGACAGACACACACACACACACACACACACACACACACACACACACACACACACACACACACACACACACACACACACACACAGAUGGACAGACAGACAGACACACACACACACACACACACACUCACACACACAGAUGGACACACACACACACAGAUGGACAGACAGACACACACACACCAACCAUCACCUUUCAGUUUCACCAGAUUCGCUGCAUAUUGUAAAUAAGGAGAAGACGACACAGAAAAACAGACGAGACAUCGAGCUAAAACAGUUCCUCUGUCGGGAAUGAGAAAAGAGUGAAAUGUUUUAAAUGUAUUUUCUAAAGGCUCAGAAUACUAUGUUUUGUAUAUAGUGAGAGUGCAGUGAGUGGUAUCACCGCGGUGUCGUGGUGGUGAUGUAAGGAAUGUAAAGAUCUCAGAUGAAGACUGAACAGGAAACUAGGGGAAGUGGCCCAGAUAAGGGGACCGAGCCAUCAAAUAUAGGCUCCAAUCCCCGGAGCCCUAUGGACCCUAUCCACCCUGCUCUAAAGUAGUGCACUAUGUAGGGAAUAGGGCUCUGGUCUAAAGUAGUGCACUAUGUAGGGAAUAGGGCCCUGGUCUAAAGUAGUGCACUAUGUAGGGAAUAGGGCCCUGGUCUAAAGUAGUGCACUGUGUAGGGAAUAGGGCCCUGGUCUAAAGUAGUGCACUGUGUAGGGAAUAGGGCCCUGGUCUAAAGUAGUGCACUGUGUAGGGAAUAGGGCCCUGCUCUAAAGUAGUGCACUAUAUAGGGAAUAGGGCUCUGGUCUAAAGUAGUGCACUAUGUAGGGAAUAGGGCCCUGGUCUAAAGUAGUGCACUAUGUAGGGAAUAGGGUGCCAUUUGGGACACGUCCUAGAAGAUCUCUACAACGCUCCAUGGUGCAGUACUGGGUGGAGUUAGUUUCUACUGUAAAUAUGUUGGAUAUUUAACACUACAGAGAAUCACGCUGGCUGUGUCACAAAUGUCAUUCUAUUUCCACAGGGCUCUGGUCAAUGCCAGGGAUGCCCUCGCGCCCUGUCUCUGCCAGUCAUUCAGCUCCCUGUCUCUGCCAGUCAUUCAGCCCCGCUGUCUCUGCCAGUCAUUCAGCUCGCUGUCUCUGCCAGUCAUUCAGCCCCGCUGUCUCUGCCAGUCAUUCAGCUCGCUGUCUCUGCCAGUCAUUCAGCCCAGCUUGAAUCAAACAGCUUUGAUUAUUAGUGUCCAAAUGAUCUGCAUGAACGUGGGUCCACUGUUUAAACCCAUUACGGGACAGAGACCUUUGUUAAUUUACACUCAAAACUAUUAUCUUUUGACAAGAAAGACACCGAAAAUCAUGUUUUUUGUAUCAGCCAUUAUUAUUAGCUAAAUCAAUUUUCUUGCAUCCAAAAUUAUACUUGUUUUUGUUCCUCAGGUGAAAUGAAAAGCUUUUUGGUUUCAAACGCUUUAGAAUCUACCGCUAAGACAUUUCAACAAAGCAAUAAUUAAUAUAAUUUUAAUAUAUAAUAUAAUAAUGAUCUAGUCCACCCGCAGGCUCUGCUUAAAGAACCGACUUCCGUCUCAAAUCUGAAAUCACAUUUCAUAGUUGGAAUUAUGGUUUUUUAAAUCUGUGCUACUUUUUAACAGGCAUUUUUAACACUGAAUAGCUAUUAUUUCAGUUAGCCUUUUUUUUUCAUAGUUGCUUGUAAAUGUCAUUGUACAAACUGCAUAUUUUGUAAAGACAAUAAGAAUGAGUUUUCCUUCUGUUACGAAUAAAAGGAGUUGUUUGUUCUGAAAUGAAAUCUCUUAAAUCUAAAAAAAAAUAAAAUGUACAUUUUUUUUCAGUCUUUCAAUGAAUUAAAUUAUAACUGCGAUUAGUCAAUACAUCACCUGGGUGAGAAAUGUCAUUUCUCGCCAUUUUUUUUGUUUCCAGUCCCUAUUGAAUAACCCGCUCGAUAUUCCAAUGGGAAAUGAACUGCGUGUUCGUUAGGAUGGACUGGCGUGGCGGGAAAGAGAAUAUGCCCCUCUGUGUAACUCAAUUCUAUUUGUUUUUAUUUGUGUGCGGUAAUAAAAAUGUGUUCACUCAAUCAAA